UCUGCUCACUUUCCCGCUUGCACUCGGAAUAUCAACGGCAGUUCGUCCGUCUAUUCCCACCUCCGGCGAACGGACAAAGGAAAUGGCCGUUAUUCUGUCGGAAUCCGGCGACGCCUCCUCAGCCCCUGCCCCUCACGACGACCUCGGGCUCUGGCUCCUGUCGGUGACGAAGAAGCUGGCGGAGCUGAAGUCCGGCAGCACUUCCCCUCAAGACACCAACAAGGUCCUGUCCGAUGGAAUCCGCAUGUUCAAGGAAAAUCCUCGGUACCAAAAUGACCCUAGGUUUCUCAAGCUCUGGAUUGUUUAUUUGGAUACUUUCGAAGAUUUCAAAAGUGUCACCAGAGAGAUGGAGGAAAGCAAACUUUGGUCUGGCAACUCGUUCUUCUAUGAAUUGUAUGCGUUGUAUCUGGAAUCGAAAGGGCAGUUAAACGAGGCUUUUAGGGUUUACCAAAUUGCCAUCGCAAGGAAUGCCAAACCAAUUGCGAGGUUGAAGAAAGCACAAGCAGCCUUUCUACUUAGAAUGUCUCGUAUUGUCGAAAGUGCUUCACUUCCGGAGACUGAGGAUGGUGACCUUGGAAAGUCUGAGGAAGAUAAAAUUAAUCCGUGGUCCAUGUCCACCACAAAAGAUCUACUUGAGAAGCUUGCUCCUCAACUCAUGAAAUGUGAUGGAUACAUUUCUAGUGCUAAACCAUACUCUGGGAAAGUAGCAUUGUCUUCUCUUCGCAACUCUUCAAGAAACAAAAUUAUUGAGAUAGGUGGAAAGAAGUACCAGAUCAAAGGAUGUGCCGGCCAAGGUGGAUUUGCUCAAGUAUACAGAGCAUAUGUAAACAGUAACCCUGAUGAUGUUGUUGCCCUGAAGAUACAAAAGCCUGCAUUUCCAUGGGAGUUUUACAUGUAUCGACAACUUGAUUUGCGCAUUGCAGAACCAGAAAGAUCUGCCUUUGGGCUUGCCCACAAAAUGCAUGUCUUUCAAGACUGCAGCAUACUUGUCUGCGACUAUUUAUCCCAUGGAACCCUUCAGGAUGCCAUCAAUAGUUAUUUGGUCACGGGAAAGUCCAUGGAGGAAGUACUUUGCAUCUACUACACUACGGAAAUGCUGUACAUGUUGGAAAAUUUGCACAGAGCUCAUAUAAUACAUGGAGAUUUCAAGGCCGACAACCUUCUUAUUCGAUAUGCUAGCGACAAUCUAUCGGAAGAAGAUUUUCUUGAUCGUGGUGGCCCAUGGGCUAGCCAGGGUCUGUGUCUUGUGGACUGGGGGAGGGGAAUAGAUCUCAAACUUUUCCCAGAAAAUAUAGAGUUCAAUGGAGAUUCCCGCACUUCUGGCUUUCGUUGUGUGGAAAUGCAAGAGAAGAAGCCAUGGAAGUACCAGGUAGACAUUUAUGGCCUCUGUGUUGUUGUCCACAUGAUGUUACACGGUUCUUACAUGGAGGUCGUAAAGAAAAGCUCCUCUGAUGGCAACUUUUACAAGCCAAAAUCCUCUUUCAAGCGGUACUGGAAAGUAGACCUGUGGGAAAAACUGUUCUCGAAGCUACUUAAUACGAGCCAUGCCAACUAUGACCCGAACUUGUUGAAGGAUAUCAGGCACUCGCUUAAAGAUUACAUGCGCUCCAACCCUCAGCUCAUCAGGAAACUCAAGGAAUUACUGGCGAAGCAGAGGGCGUCCCUGUGUUCGGCGUAGCCUCUUCAUCAUUCUUCGGCCACCUCCCAUGACCUAGUAGAGCCUCUUCUUCCUGCCAUCCUGUUUAUGUCGAGAGAAGAGUUCUGUACUCCAAUUCGUUUGCAUUACAAUGAUGUUACUCGGAGAAUGUUGCACAUAUGUGUUCAAAGGCGGUUAUCUGGCGUUGCCUUUGAAAACCGUCAUGAUUGUUAUUUUGCAAUCAAAUGAAUAUAUGUACAUAUUGAUGUACGGAUUUGUGUAAUAGAUUUUUCAGUUGGUUGGGUA